AUGGCAGUCCUUGAAAUGCUAAAGAUAAAACCCUGCCCUGUUCUACAUUGGGUUCGGUAUGAGUAUUGUGGUUGCUUUUACAGAAGCUUUUGGAGGCUCGGACGAGAUCCUCUAUGCAAGACAAAAUUCUUCUUCGAGCACGGUAAGAUCUCUUGCAAAGUUUACUUUAAAGCUGCAGACAAAUGCCCUAUGUGUCGCAAGACCGAAGAGCAUACCCCUGAACACAUCCACCCGGGCAGUGUGAUCAAAACAGAGGCAAGUCCCCCCUCCCAUACUACCAGCCCCAACGCUCUACAGUCCGACGAGGAUAGAGAGAAUGCAAGGGAAGCAUCAAUCCGGGCACGCGGUGGACCCUUCUGGUUAGACUAUAAUGGCCGACCACUGUCUUGUUCCCGUGGGGACCAGGCCGUAAUCUUGAAUUUAGAGGAAGGGGUUUUCAUUCAUCAAUUCUCAGUCCGUCGUAACAGUUCUUGGAGAAAAGACCCCGCAUACACUCGCCCAUAUGGUCCCCGAAAUCUGCCAUGCGGAAACCUGGACGUUCCUUUGAUAUUUGAUGUCAAUCUACCGGAAGGACUGAUCAGGUAA